CCCAUCAUCCUGUAUCAAUGCGUGCGGGGCAGCAGCGGCAGCAGCCAUGUCGCAGCCACCAUCACGCACACCCACCCACAAAUUGUGGGUCGCGGCUUUCUCUCUCUAGAGGACAGGCUGCCGGGAAAUAAAGAAGAGAUCCCAGCCAUCCAUGGAGAAUUGGAGAGGUGGAGAGGGGAGAGAGACAAAGCCGGCGUCCAUGUCCUGACGUCCACCCACGCCCCCAAUACCUGCUUUUUCCCAGGGCUGGAUGGAUGUGUGGCCAACUGGCCAUGACAUUUCUAGAGGGAGAAACACGGCAAGGGGAGGAGGUACGGGGCCGGUCUGCAUCGUCACAUUCACCCUCCCCUUUUCUUUGUCUCCCUCCCCCAGCCCAGUCGCUCGCUCUAGUAGCCUCCUCGCCACCAAUGACACGAGAGACGACCGACUGGUUCGCUCCUCGUGGAGGCCGGGCGGCAAGCGAGCGAGGGAAAGGAGAGACAGCGCCCCACUACUCCCGUCCACUCCAUAUGCCAUUACCACCCACCACCUCCCCCUCUACCACCGCCCACUAGAGCCGAGCCGAGUCUGCCUAGAGAGAGAAACAACGGGAGAGAGAAAAGAGUUGUUGCCUUGUUGGUGUUCAUUGCGUGCGCGCCGGCCUCCUCGCCUUCCCUCCCUGUUCUCAUCCAUCCUCGGUCACCAUGGGCCCUUUUGGGUUUUCGGCACCACCAUCUCACUCAUGGGUCAGAGCAGUCCCCUCCGCUCCCUCCCUUCACACGGCGCGGGAAGAGAGAGAGAGAGAGAGAGAGAGAGAGGGCGGACGGAGCAGGCGCAAGAAACUUCCACCCACACCUCCCCUGCUUCCCCUUCCAACCUUUAUUAGUAUUAUCUCCUUCCUUCCCCCCUCCCUCCCUCGGUCCCGUCCCCUCUCGCUUUCUCCUCCGUCUCUCCACGAUCCGCCGGGCUUCUUCUUGUUCCCAACCGCGGUGAGGUGAGGCGGCGAUGAAGAGGGCUCACAAGGUGGUCCUGGCCCAGCCGGCGGCGGCUGCUGCGAUGACGCCUCGGCCGCUGCCUCGCGCGCCCCGGCCCGUCCGCGGCGACGGGGGCGAGGCGUUCAGGGCGAGCCAGAGGUACCAGAGCCUCCUCCAGGACUACAAGGAGCUCCUCAAGGAAACUGCAGCAAAGAAGAACAGAUUGCAUUUGGAGAAGCUGAAAAAGCAAAGGCUUUCGGCUGAAGUCAAGUUUUUGCGGAGAAGGUACACAUCGAUGUCCGAAAAUCCAUCUCAGACUGCUGUUUAUAGAUUGAAGAACCCGGCAAUGGCGCCUACUUCCCGGACAGCCGUGUGGGUUGAUCACCACCGGUCCGUUCAGGCUGUUGGGAGUUCAAGCAAAGGUCAUCAGCCCGCACAGCAGCAAAGGCAGCAUCCGGUUCCACGGGCGUCUCCGGUUAUCGACCUCAACGAGGCUUGUGAGCUGAGUUCCUCUGAGGAGACCGAAGAAUUUCAUGGUUACCAGGAGACUGCUAGGGCAGACAAGGUGAACAAGUACAUGUUAGAGGGCAAUGUUGUCGCCGGUCCUAGUGACUCGAAAAUGUCGGCGUUCUGGGAUGCUCGGAACCCUGCGGCGGCGCGAGCUGGGAAGAGGAAGAUCUCAUGGCAGGAUCAGUUGGCUCUUAGAGUAUAGGUUGCUACUCCCUCCGUUUCAAAAUAGAUGACUCAACUUUGUACUGACCUUAGUAUAAAGUUGGGUCAUCUAUUUUGGAACGGAGGGAGUAGAUUACAAUGUCAAGUGUGGUUUUAGCAUGAGUUAUGUGCCUCAUCUCUGGUCCUCGAGCUGUAAAAGAAUCCUUCCUUCGAGUCAUCAGUGGAUGUGUAGUUGCUUCCUGGUGCAUCAUCAGUGGAUGUGGAUAAAAUGAACCAUACGGAAGUUCGAUCUGAAAAAGAAGAUGACACAGUUGAUGAAAUUUUGUCGUUC